GUCGGCCGAACAGGUUUGACAGGCUUCGGCCUCCCUCAACUUAGCCGGUCAUUCUCGGUUCAAGGGCUCCGUCUAUCACCAGGUGUUGGUUUAGGUUUGUACAGCAACACAACGCUAUUUAUCCUAACCAGUGUCACCGACUAUUGCCUGGGUUAGCAAAACCACUAGCCGAACUAGCGAGCUAGUUAGCGCACAAGUUUACCAGGAAGAAUGCAGGACCCUGUUAGCUGCCCCACAAGCAGCGUUUAAACAUGUACCAGUCGUUCCAUCUCGAACAUAAAUCGACAAUUAUAUCACACAGUACAUACACAAUAGUGUCUAACUAUGUGAAAGGAUUUUAUUUUACACGUUAACCCGGUCAAGCUAGCGCUGGUCCUACGAGGCGUUGCCAGCGACAACCAAACCGCAGCUCCAAACAGAAUUUAAACAAGCAAACAGCUACCUUUACCGCCCGGUCAGAUACGUCCUUACCCGAGUUUGUGGGCUCAGUAACCGCCUCACUGGGAGCUGCCUGGGGGUCGCCGUUCUCCGCCUCAGCCCAUCUCUGAUCCACCAACACGGAGGACGGAGCUCCAGUCCGAAGGCUAGCUAGCGCUGACGAGCGUAGAUCGUCACAAACGAAGAGCGGCGAUCACGCGAAGAUUACAGCACUUCCACUAUUCUUAUUAGGCUGAUGUAAUCACAGAGGCUGCCCACAGUUGAUCAAGCACAGGCUGCCAUGGAGGAAAAUGAGGACUCUCACUCGGAGAUGAAGUCUUUACCUGCCCUGCGACCCCUGCCCAGGUUCCGCUCUCAGAGUGAUGCCUCUGGCUUUGGCGCCAGGAUCCUGCUGAGGCUCCGAGGAAUCAGCUCAGUUGAUGCUUUGGAGAAAUCGUCAUCACUGGCCAGCUGCGACGUGGUGGUGGACAGCGGCGCCGAUACCCACAAUGCACCUGCGUCACGGCAGCAGCAGCGAGGCAAGCUGUCCAGUCUCGGAAGGCUGUUCAAACCCUGGAAGUGGAGGAAGAAAAAGAGCAGCGACAGGUUCCAGGAUCUGUCUAAAGUGUUGGAGAGAAAAAUCUCAACAAGACAAACGAGAGAGGAGCUCAUCAAGAAGGGGGUGCUCAUCCCGGAACAAGACGAGCCAGUCAGCAGGGAAGCUUUGAACGGACACGCCACAUCCAGCGUGUCGCCACAGCAGAUCAAAGUGGAGAUUGAAUCCAUGGUGACGCGACCCGCCGACCAGACUGCUGACCCUCUGAGCAAUGAUGACAAGACAGAGAGAAGUGAUUCUAAAACCAUCGCCCGGGCUGCUCAGGCACGCCCCCGGGAUGCUCAAGUUAAAAAACAGAACAGUGCCGCCGCCGCAACCCCGCCGCCUGCCUCCUCCAAACCUUCGGGUGGCACUGCGACCACAUCCCGGCACAGAGACGCUUCCUCUGGGGCUAAAAGGACUGUUAAACCCCCAGGGAAGCAGAGCUCUUCCACGCAAGUGAAAGCUAACACGCGGAGUGCUAACAACGCUAGUCGUGCAAUUGCCAAAUCCUCUCAUCCAAAGAAGACCCAAGGAGGGGGGACAAAAACCACCACCUCCAUGGCCCCGUCUCGCUCUCGGCCACCUAAGGACGCUGCAGCACAGAGCGAAGGCGCAGACGCCCAGACCAAUCGGAAAGCAGAAUCUCAAGCAUCCUCAGGUACUCAGAAAGCCUCCGCAGAGACUCCCAGUCAGCCUGAGGAAGGGAAAUCCUCUGAUAGCUCGUCUAAAGUUGCCCUCCCCGAGGCUGAGGACGCUCCUGCUGCUUCUCAAGACGCUCCAGAGGACCAACCUGCCUGCGGUGAUGCUUCUACAGGAAAAGGGACCCACAAAGACACGACCCCCGAGCCUCCCGCUACCCAUUCUCCCCAUGUGAACACUGCCACAGAGGACACUUCCUUCACUGAAGCCGACUCUGACAGCGACUCCCAGGAGAAGGAGGCACUAAGAACGGGAGAGGACGGGGAUGAUGCACAGGAGGAAAAUGGAGAGUCUGCAGAAGAGACAUGCGGCAGUCCAGCCGAGGCAGACACCGUGAAGCCACACGGCGGCCACAACGUGAACACAGAGAACGCAGAGGUGACGGUGAUCCCUGAUAGCACGGCGACAGAAUGCCAAACCAGCGACUCGGACUCUGAUGGACCGAUCCUUUACCGUGAUGACGAGGAAGAAGACGAGGAGGACGAGUACCUUAACAGUUCUCUGGCCAGCAAGAUCCGGCGACGAGACACCCUCAACAUCAAACUGGGCAACCGGCCCAGCAAGAAAGAGCUGGAGGAGAAGAACAUCUUGCCUCGCAGCUCCGAGACGGAGAGACACGAGCUCCGUCAGCAGAUCGGCUCCAAACUUGUCAGGAGCUUGAGCCAAAGACCAACCACAGAGGAACUGGAGCAGAGGAACAUCCUGAAACAGAAGAAUGAAGCAGAGGAGCACGAGGCCAAGCAGGAGCUUAAAAGAAAACUCUCCAGAAAGCUGAGUGUGCGACCGUCGGUGGCGGAGCUCAUCGCUCGAAGAAUCCUGCGUUUUAACGAGUAUGUGGAGGUCACGGACGCCAAGGACUACGACCGGAGAGCGGACAAGCCAUGGACCCGACUCACGCCUGCUGACAAGGCUGCUAUCCGCAAGGAGCUCAAUGAGUUCAAGAGCAGAGAGAUGGAGGUGCACGAAGACAGCAAACAGUUUACCAGAUUCCACCGGCCUUAAUGAGUUGGACGUCAGCAUCAAAACCUCAAAACAAGUCCACGGGCCCGACAGACCUGCAUCGCAGCCCGCCUCUCCAAGCCGUAUGUCCUCAAUAAGAACAGAUGUGGGUUUGUCUUGCAGGUCGGUGCGACCAGCCUGUGGAACUUUUGCACAUAUCGUACCCGUACCCGGGAAAAGUGCUGUCUCAUUAGCAAUCCUUUUAUUUAUUAUUGAAAGAAAAAUGCUGGAAAAAAAUGUUUUUCUUCAUUUUUGUUCUGGCUACAAUGGAGCACUAUUACAGGAGUGAAUGUGGCUCAAGAGCACCAUUGCGUUUGUGGGUUUUUUUUUGGGGGGGGGGCAUUGUUGUCAACAAAUAUACAGUUUAUAAAGUGAUUGGCCACAAGAGGGCGGUGUAUCAUAAUUAGUUUACCAGGCUGCCUUGCAGUACAGUGACGCCUAAAGACACGCAAGUUGUCUUAAAAUGUGCAAAACGUCAAUCCCUAAAGUGCUGGAAGGAUUUUUAAGCUUUUAAACGUUUCAUUUAGUGAUGUUAGCUUGUGCCAAAAAGCAAAUGAUGUUGAUAUUAGCUUGUUUUUGCUUAUGUUUCCCCCCUCCCCCACAAAAAAACAACAAAAAAAGUGUCGUUCUUCUUUUCUAGUUCCACUUC